UCUAUAGCAAGUUUUUUUGACACUGCCGUGUAGUGAUGCCGCGUCCAUCAAGAGCUCCAGCAAAGGAAUUUUCUGCCAGCCGCCAAACAGUCUUGAGAGAUGCUGCUAGUGAAGAUGAUGACAAUCAAGAUGACUUGAUGGAAGUGCCAGUGACCCCCUCAACAAGCAUCAAGAAGGAUGGCAGGGUGACGGGCAGGAGCAGCAUGACGUCCUCCUCCAUGAGUGGGGGCAGCAGCGCCAGCAGCUCUGGGGGACUACACCCCCUGCUGCACAGCAGCGCCCCCCACUACCCCAGCUCUUCCUCCUCCUCAUCAUCUUCUGCUCUGCACAAAAUGAGUAUGUUGGGCAGCAUGGAUGCUUUACGCGGCCUGAGCAGCGCAGGAGCCGGCAGCGGGGGAGUGAGUUUACAGCAACAGCAGCUCAUGCAGCAGCACCUACUGCAACAACAGCUACAGCAACAGAAUGCCGCUAUGCUCAAUAAAAGUUAUUACAGUAAUCACAUGCAGCGGCCUGAUGGUUACAUGACACAGAUGCAGCAACUGCAGCAAAGAGGAAUGGGCGGGCUGAUGGCAAGUCUAUUGGGAGCCCAAAACCCCGGCGUGUCAAGUGGACUUGGUGGCCUAGGUGGUCUUGGGAGUCUGGGGGCAGCGGCUAGCAUGAGCGGCAUGCUGGGCAUGGCGGCGGCGGCCGGCGGACCGCGACCGGGCUUUGACAUGAGCAACCCGGUCAUGGCUCAGCUCAUGCUGCAGCAGGCGAUGAGCAUGGCGCAAACGGGCGCUCCACAGAUGCAGAAGCUGCUCGGCAUGUACCCUGGGAUGGGCAUGGCGGUGAAUCCGUUGAUGAUGUCGCAGCCUCAGCAGGAAGAGGAGGAUGACGAUGAAGAUAUGGGCGUCGCUGAGACCUAUGCUGACUACAUGCCCACCAAGUUAAAGGUGGGCCGUAAACACCCCGACCAAGUGGUGGAGACAGCCUCGAUGUCAUCAGUAGAGCCCCCUGAUGUAUGGUACGAGCUCGACAUUCCUGCGGCCACCAUCGACCAGUGCAAGCUGUCAGCGCUGCAGCUCGAGAGCAUCGUGUACGCAGCACAGCAGCACUCGCACAUGCUGCCUGAUGGUACACGAGCAGGCUUCCUGGUAGGCGAUGGUGCUGGUGUUGGCAAAGGCAGGACCAUCGCUGGCAUCAUAUUUGAAAACUUCCUUAAAGGCAGGAAGAAGGCGCUCUGGGUGUCUGUGUCUAAUGAUCUCAAGUACGACGCUGAGAGAGAUCUCAAGGAUAUUGGUGUCACAAACAUCCCAGUACAUUUCCUGAGCAAAAUGAAGUACGCGAAAAUCAAUUCAAGUGUCAACGGGAACAUCAAGAAAGGCGUGAUGUUCUCAACGUACUCCGCCCUCAUCGGCGAGUCCUCGUCAGGGCAGGGCAAGUACAAGACACGCCUGAAGCAGCUGCUCAACUGGUGCGGCGACGACUUCGAUGGAUGUAUAAUAUUUGACGAGUGUCACCGGGCAAAGAACCUGUGUCCUGCUGGCUCAGCCAAGCCCACCAAGACAGGCCUGACGGUACUCGAGCUCCAGAACAAGCUGCCCAAGGCGCGCGUCGUGUACGCCUCGGCCACGGGUGCGUCAGAGCCCAAGAAUAUGGCGUACAUGGUGCGUCUGGGCAUCUGGGGGCUCGGCACUCCCUUCCCUGAGUUCAACGAUUUUAUUGCUGCUGUAGAAAAACGGGGCGUGGGUGCUAUGGAGAUCGUGGCCAUGGACAUGAAGCUACGCGGCUCUUACAUCGCCCGUCAGCUCAGCUUCAACGGAGUUACCUUUAGGAUCGAAGAAGUCAUGUUGGAUGAAGAUUUCAAGCGCAUGUACGACGAGAGCGUCAAGCUGUGGGUGGAAGCGCGUCAGAUGUUCCAGGAAGCAUCGGAGCUUGUGGACGCUGAGAAGGGCAUGAAGAAAACUAUGUGGGGGCAGUUCUGGUCGUCACAUCAGCGCUUCUUCAAGUAUCUCUGUAUUGGUGCUAAGGUGGAGCACACGGUCCGGCUGGCGCGCGACGCUUGCCUGUCUAACCGCUGCGUGGUGAUCGGUCUGCAGUCGACGGGAGAGGCGCGCACGCUGGAGCAGCUCGAGAAGGACGACGGCGAGCUCUCGGACUUCGUAUCCACCGCCAAAGGAGUGCUGGAGUGUCUGGUGGAGAAACAUUUCCCGUGCCCUGACCGCAUGCGUAUGAGCCGCAUGCUGGGGUUGCCUGAGAACAGCAAGGAGCUCAAGGAUAUUAUGGACGAGUCCUGUAGGAAGGCUCGCCAGGCAUCGCCGCCCCCAAGCCUCCAACACGACGAUAAGUUCUCGCCAUCGCCGGGCAGAGCUAAGAGAAAACCAGUGCGUCAAGCGGCCCAGAGAGCCAAGCGCCGCUACAAGGAAGCCGUCGCCGGCCAUGACUCUGACGACUCUGACUUCGAGGUCUCAGGGUCGUCGAGCGUCGAGGAGGAAGAAGACGACUUCUCGUCCAACGUGUCGUCAGACUUCACUGCAGACAGCGACAUGGACGAUGAAGAUGUGUGGGAAGCGCCCAAGAAGCGUGGUCGUCCACCUAAACCUAAAGUCAAGAACGGUCGCCCGCCCCGAGAAAACGGCAUCAAGAAGCCUCCUCUGCCUCAGGCGAUAGUGGAUAAAGUGAUGGCAAUGCGGACGGAUUUGUUGUCGAAGAUAACAGACCUGGGCCGUAGGCUUCCUCCUAACACGCUGGACCAGCUUAUCGACGAACUGGGCGGACCAGAGAAGGUGGCAGAGAUGACGGGUCGCAAGGGGCGAGUCGUGCAGACAGACGGCAACGUAGUGUAUGAAAGUCGCUCCGAGCAAGACGUGCCCCUCGAAAUUCUCAAUAUUAAAGAAAAAGAACGAUUCAUGAAUGGCGAGAAGUUAAUAGCAAUUAUAUCAGAGGCGGCGAGCUCCGGAAUCUCACUGCAGAGCGAUCGACGCGUCAAGAACCAAAGGAGAAGAGUGCAUAUCACGCUAGAGCUGCCGUGGUCCGCUGAUAGGGCCAUUCAACAGUUCGGUCGGACGCAUCGCAGUAAUCAAGUGAACGGCCCUGAGUACGUGUUUCUUAUCUCGGAGCUGGCAGGCGAGCGGCGCUUCGCAUCCAUCGUUGCCAAGAGGCUCGAAAGUCUCGGCGCCCUCACACACGGUGACCGGCGAGCGACGGAGACGCGCGACUUAUCUAGUUUCAAUAUAGACAAUAAAUACGGACGUCUCGCCCUCGAGUCUACCAUGAAGACCAUGAUGGGCUACGAGCAUCCCAUCGUCCCUCCCCCUGACGACUAUGAUGGUGAUUUCUUCUCGGACCUUCAGAACGCGCUCGUUGGGGUCGGCACCAUCCUUAAAGAGGAUAACGUCUACCAGCUCGAUAAAGACUACAAUAAUAUGAGCAAAUUCCUUAACAGGAUAUUGGGCAUGCCAGUGGAUUUGCAAAACCGCCUAUUCAAAUACUUCACGGACACUCUGGCCGCCAUCGUCACGCAGGCCAAAAAGACCGGCAAAUAUGACAUGGGCAUCAUGGACCUGGGGAUGAGUGGUGAAGGGUGCAAGAGAACCAAGACACGCACGUGGGUGGGUAAGCACAGCACAGGCACUGCCAAGACGGACCUGCACACGGUGCUGGUCGAGCGCGGACUUAGCUGGGAGCAGGCGAUGGAAAAGUUCGAGCAACUCUCAGGCGAUCUCGAGGGCUUCUAUGUAUCGCAUCAGGUGCGAAACAACAAGAAGACCGCUGUCCUGGCGGUAUGCGAGACUGAAGACAAGAAUACAGAGAAGAAGGACAAAAACAGUCGCCUGUUCGUCCUGUACCGUCCCAAUACUGGCCUGCAAAUGAAGCAGGAGCCGUACUCCGAUCUCAAGAAGAAAUACAAGAAGGUCAAGGCUGAAGACGCCAAAGAACACUGGGAAGGCCAGUUCAACAGCUCAAGUCACACCUGCUCUCAUGCUUACUGGCAAGGGAACUGUCGUCGCGUUAGUAACGGACUGGACUGCGAGAUCGGCCUGCGGCGGCGGACGUAUCACGUGUUGUGCGGUUCAGUGCUGAACGUGUGGAGCAGAGUGGAGGAGGUGCUCUCAAGUGGCUCUGCCAACCACCACCAAACUUCCAAGAUGCAGGUCCUCAGACUUAAGACCGUGUCUGGCCUCAAGCUUGUCGGUACGUUAAUACCAAAUAAUUUGGUCGAGAGACUGGCGUCAAUUCUGGACGAAUAUUGUACGGACUAUCAAGAAGAGGAGUUCCAGGAGGAGGAGGAGAGCGAGAAAGACGGUGAAGAGGAGACGGAGCAAAAAGAAGCGCAAAUAAAGGAGGAAGAAGGUGACGAAGACGACGAAAAUGAGAAGAAAAAAAUAGAAUUAAAGGAGGAAGGAAUUCUCGAAGAUGUUGACGAUGAGGGAGUUUUGUCUGACGAUGCAACGAAUAUGAAGAAUGUUCCCAUAAAAGAAGAGAAGAAAAGUUUCGUUGUUAAGAUUGAAAAAUCUGCGCAAGUGGAGAAGAGUGAGAAUGGUGUGAAAGAAGAAAAGGUGAAGGAUGUUAAAAAAGUCGCUAAAAUUCGGAUUAAAAAUCAGCAAAUCAUUUGUGACGACAGUGAGUCUGCAAAAGAGAAGUAGAAACACGUUUUAUUUUGGCAUUUCCUUUAGCGAGGAAACUUGUUGGAGAGUUGAUUAAACGAAUCGAUGUCGAGGAGAAACUCUAAGAGAGUUGUGAAGAAACCAAAGUUAUUGAUCAGUUAUGGGUGCAUUUAAUGUAUCAUUAUGUUAGAACAGCUUUAAUCUUCUUUUAAGUAGCUAUUUAUUAAAAAUUGAUUUUUUUAAGUUGAACUUUGUUCUGUAUUUUUCUGUCAUGUUCAUUUCUCUUGUUAGCUUAAAAGUAUUCGAAGUAUAUUUUACCAUGCAUUAAUACUGCUGGUUUUAUUGUUGUAAUAAUGCGGUUUCCGUUUUUACGGCCUUUGGAAGCUUCAAUACUCCAUUUCUAAUUGUAGCUCUGCAAAAAAUGCAUGAAGUAAUAUUUGUUCUUUGAUUAUAUUUUGUGUUGGAUAUUUAUUUGAUUGAAGUCUUUAUGAAUGACUGUGUCGCCCUGUGCUCAUCCAAAUUUAGCUACUGUAUCCACAUAAUAUGUAUAGGUGUAAUAUAUCCUUAGAAUUCUAGCAGUGAGCACACUGUGCUGUCACAAGUGAAGUGAGUUCUUAAUAAACUUUAUUGUCAGGGUAAGAAUUAUUCUCAGUAGCACUCUACAUUUUAUACGCAUUCUGAUGGGCUUGUGUAGGAUGACGUUUGGUGAUGACAAGAACCUCGAGCAUGUUGGCUGCUUCUUCGAGCAUGUUGGCUGAUAUGCCUCGACAAACUCGAAGUCAAGAGAUCCAAUUUUGUUGUAAGAUAGAAAUGUUCUGUAUUGCUGUAGUGUGUUGAGGUGAGACUGUUACAAAAAUCAUUGCUCCUUUGACUUGAGUUCAGAAGCCUCGUCAAAAGUUGUACCUAAUAAGGUUUUGAAAUUAUAUGCGGAAUAUUUUACCUUGGCGUGGGCUUCCUCAAGAACGUUAAAUUUAUUUUUGUUUCGUAUGGCUGCUAUAUUAAUAUAUUAUUGGAAGUUUCCUUCAAUGGCUUGCUGUCAUGGUAAAUGUGAGUCUCUUCACGUAAUCAUGCUUUAGUAAUAUAAUUAAUGCUUCCUUAGUUCCUUGAAGUAGCCACCAAAACAAUUACUGAAACAUUAAGCAUAGGCUCAUAUUGACCACCAUGACAAAGCUAAAGUAUGUUAAUUUCUCGUGCUGCGAGCUGUUGAUAAGCUUCGGGUAAUAGGAACUUGUAGUGUCUUGUAUGCGUAGACGGUACGUGCAUUAGUUCCUAAGUGACCAUAUCUUGUAUACCAUUCGUAGAAUUUGCGUUCUACCGUACUAGCUGUCUCGUUGUAAUAAUUGUAGAGUAUCUUGGUAGAGAGCAAGUGUUUGUGGUCCUUCGCUUCUUUUGCUUAGCACUAGUUUCAAAACCACGUUUAUUUUAGCUCAUGGGCUACAUCGGUGUCUUAUGCAGGAAUCUCGUUUGUAAGCCACGUUGUUGUUUCGCAUCGGUUGUUUUUUACUCAUUGAAUUGUAGCAGCGUAGUUUUUUUUUCUGUGGUGCACAAAGUUUGAGGAAACGGACAACGUAUCAAUUGUUAGUCUGUGUCACUUUACGCAUGAAUUAUCGAUACAUUUUCUUUAGAUUUUCCAGAUUCCUACAAUGACAUGAAGUUCCUUGCAUUUCUUUCAAAGGUUUUUUCUUAAUCUCUCUAUUAUUGUUGUAUAGUUAAACAUUGUAUUAAAAGGCCCGCGAGUUUUCUGGCAGAUCUAAUCAAUAAUUAUUAUUUGAUUCACUUGACGCUGAAUGUAAGACUGGCUAUAUCUCAGUUGCUAAUGACUAUGAGUCACAUACUUGGAGUGUCACAUUUUAAAAAUAACAUCGUGGCCUCUUAAAAGAAAUUGAAAGAAUGGUUCACCUUACUUUAUUUUGAGCUAUGAGCACACCAUUGUCUUGAAGUUAAUAUAUUUUAAACAUAAUGCGAUUGCUCCCAUGAUCUUGUCUCCUUGACAUUUUAUUGCGUACGGUUUUGGGCUACGAUUCUUGUUAACCUUGUAAUUAUAAAACCAUUUUGCUGUAUAUUUUUCUGUGAUAAUUUCAUUUACGCUGUCGUGAUCACGCGCUCUACUUAUUUAUCACCGGUCAUCCCAGUUUCAUUUUAGUACAUUUUUCUUGCGUUCUGUUUUAAAGUCAUGAAUUGUUUUUAGUAGGUUUUGUAUUACGCCUUUCCCUAGCGUGACCUGACAUCACCGCGCAUCAUCAUCAUAUUCACCUACUGACAUUUCUUAGGACGAAGCGUUUUCACUUAUCCUUCAUCAUCGUGUCAACAAAUCAUACUCUACGUACGACGGGAACCCAUUAGAUGGAAAUUGGGAUUUGUAAAAUAGUUCAACAUAAGUGUCUAACUUA